UUCCUUUCACUUUAGCACUUGUCCCAAAGGCCUGUGUAGGUGACACGCAGGAUCCUUUGUCUUUUGUGUCCCACAGGGAAUGUCACGGAUCUUCUCUCAGCUUCCCUUCCUGCCGAAGAUCCUCUCCACCGUGGUCCGGCUGUGGUUCCAUCGCCUGAGCCCCCCCUCGCUGUGCCCCCCGCCACCCGGCCCCCCAGGGCUCCAAACAAACCCUGCCAGCUCCCCCUUCCUCGCAGCGCUCGCCCCCUCCUUCCGCUCGCCCGUGGAGACCCCGGUCGCAGCCUUCCGGAAGCACCUGGUGGUGAGCGUUAGGGACCACCACCUGCAGUUCCGCGUUGGUUCCCCUCCUCCGCCGCGCCUGGCGCACACUCUCUGCUUCCUGCGCGAAGUCUUCCAGCGGAGCCACGACGCCUCCUGCAACGCUGCCGACGUCCCCUCACUCCUCCCGUCGGCUCUGCGAGUCCUCGCUCACGUCCAAGACCCCGCCGUGCGGUCCCUGGCGUCCGAGCUGCUCUCUGCGAUGAUGGAGACGGUCCAGUCCCACCCAGACACCGUCCCAGUCUCAUCCCUCCUCCCUCCGCUCAGCGAGUUUCUGAGGGAGGGCAUGUCUCUGCAGCCCGUGGCCGCUCUCGGUGCCCUGCAUGCCCUGAGCCCUGCCCUUCUGAAGGAGGCCUUGCCCACGGUGGCGGAGAUCCUGAGGGAGAGCGAACGCAAGUCGGGACUGGGUCGCGAGCUGUCGGUCAGGCAAGCCUAUUCCACUCUCCUCUCGUCGCUGGGAGAAGUCGAUCCGGGUGACAUCACGAGUCUUGACUCGCAGGACUUGACCAACUGAGACGCUCUCUCUCCGCCCUCCCUCCGCGCAAAACGAAGUUACACGAUGAACUCUUUUAGAGUUUAAACGAUAAACAAUUUCUGUAUUCACCCGGUAACGGCUCGCUGAACUGCCACGUAGCUUCUCUUUGGAAGCGUUCAACCGGCCACAACAAACGAUGGUUCUAGAUUUGAAGCUUUCGUGACUGCAAGGAUUCAUAGUCUUGGUUCUUUCGGUAAAGUCACGUAGGUAAAAAAUGAAAUUAAAAUUAACAAAAAUAAAACAAUAAAAUCACGACGUUUCGGAGGCAAGAACAGGUCUGUCGAGAAGAGGACGGCUGCUUGCGUUGUGGCCGAAACGUCGUGAGAAUUAUUUUAUUAUGUUUUAUUUUUAUUAUUUUAUUACUUCCCUUCUACGUGACUUUACCGAAAGAACCAAGAAGAUGAAUCCCUGCAGUCACGAAAGCUUUAAAUCGAAAUUUAACUGCCGGUGUCCAGUCGGGGCAGAUCGCACAGCGGCGAUGAACUUGGCAGGAACCUCCUGAGGAGCAGUCUUGAGGCUCCGUUGGGGUUAACGUCACCAACAACGGCAACAACGGCGUUAUUGUAUCGGAGCAAUUCGCGUGUUCGGAAACACGGGAGUUGAAACACGGGAAUUGCUCGUUCCGACACGGGCCGAUGCGUUCCUGUGCCGUGCCCCGACAAGCCACAACGGUUUCGCCGUAAAUCACGUGACGACGAUGCGAGUUUGGCGAGAUGCGACGUUGCUGCUGCUAGCGCUGCGCACACGGCACGCGGCGCACGUUCCACGUGGUAUAACGGUGACUAUUCCGCGCUAUGACUGCGAGCGCGUUUCCGCGUCGUUGUGCGAAAAGUGUUCCCCAAUGGCAAAACCGCCUCGCAAACUCGCGAUUUAAACGCCCUGGCGGUUCCCGGCCGCAGUCGGAUUGCCCUCCCGAGUCUUGAGAGAUUUCAGCAGUCCGUGUCCGUUCCUCGCUGCGGCCGUCAACGUGCGGGGCUGGUGACCUCGCGUGGAUGACGGUGGAACUACAGGCGGCUCGGCGUACGGCGCUGAGAUGUUCCUCUUCGGGGUUUUUUUAAAAUCCUUUAUAUUAAGUUCACUUGCUUGCUUGCGCGUGCGCUUACGACCGUGCAAAUCUUUCGGUCGUUUUUUAACCCACUUCCCGUGAUCCAAUCGAGCUGACAUUUUGCACACAGACUCGUUGUGCGUGACAAUUUAUUUUCGUUAAAAAAGAUGUCCAAAAUUUUCCACUUUUUAGGAAAAAAAUAAAGUUUAUAUUUAAUUUAAAAUACCAAUGUGUUAAAAAUGAAACUCUUACUCAAGAAAAACAGAAAUGAAUAAUAAAAUAAAACCAAUGCCACGCAUAUAAAGGAUUUAUAGUGAAAAACUUUGUUUUUACGGGUUAAUUUUUUGUUGUUGUCGUAGCCGUUGAAGGGAGGAGGUGUACGAUGGCAACGUACGUGCACAACGCGCAACGGCGAACGUCUUUCCCGCCGUACGUCGCCACACCCCCCGGUGCUAAGCGGAGGCGAAGGGUUCCAGGGAACGAGGCCGUGCCAACGGCAGACGCUUCGCCACCAAUUAUUGUUCUUGGGAUGGUUCAGGGACGAUGACGCCUUUGCCGUUCCCAGGCGUCGGAGAGGCGUAGCAGCAGUAGCAGCAGUAGUAGCAGCAGCAGUAGUAGCAGUAGCAGUAGCAGCAGCAGUAGCAGUAGUAGCAGU